AUUAACAACAAAAAACUCAAGCAUCCGUUUUCAUUGAGUGUAACCAGCAAUGGCCGCCUCCUGGUGUGCGAUAGCGGUGACAAGUCAGUCAAGGUCCUCUCCCCUGAUGGGACAGAAUUGUUACAGUCCUUCAGUGCUCCAGACUGUGAUAGCUCCGCCCCGUGGAAGGCUGUUUGUCAUCAAGACAUGUUCUUUGUGUCUUACCCCGAAGCUCGUUGUGUUAAAACAUUUAAUAAGGACAGGGAUUUUCUUUAUGAUAUUGGCGAAGAGAAUGCACGUGAAGGACACUUGAGUCAGCCUCGUGGACACCUUUAA